AUGGCCGAACAGACCAAGCCCGUCGACGACACACCCAUCUCCCCGACGCGCCCCGGCGCCUCCGACCGCAAGAACUCGCUGGAGAACCAUCUGCUGCACCGCCCGGCUCGCGAGGAGCUCGUCGAGAAGAACAUCCUCCCCUCCUCCCACGCCGCGCCCUCGCUGCAGGCUCAGCAGAAGGAGCUCGAGAAGCACAUGCGCGCCGACUCGCUCAACGACAAAAUUUCCCACCGCCCCACGCCCGAGACGCUCAUCAAGGACGGCGUGCUGCACGAGGACCCGCGGUCCGCCGACGAGAAGUACGAGGAGGCCAUUGAGGAGGAGUAUGCCAAGAGGGAAGGCGGUGCUUAA